GGAGGUCUAGUGUGCUGCAGUCCAUGGGGGUCACAAAGAGUUGGACAUGACUUAGUGACUGAACAACAAUAAUCAGGUUAGCAUCUAAGAUGGUCCAGGUUUUUUGUCUUAAAGCUACCUUUUUUUCUCUAACGUUUCUGCCUGGGUUUCAUGUUGGCAUCCCCUGGACUGCAUGUAUUUUAUUUAGCACUCCUCAUUUUCAGGAAGCAUGGUUCUGGCCAAGAGAUCAGAUACUUGAAUAGAAACAAGGCUCAGUGCUUUUCUACUCUGCUGUUGUGCAAUGGGCUUCCAUAACAAACUGUUUUUACUUAUUUAUUUUAGUAGUUCUUGGUUGUUGGUUCGGCGUUGGUAAACGGGAGAGCUAAUAGGCAAACUCCAAUUCACAGAGAAGGAAAGGCUUGGUAGGCUCAGUUACUGUUUCAUCCCAUCACAUUAUCUUCAAUCAAAACCAACCCCACAGAGCUCACUUACUUUCUAACUCUUCCGCUUUGCUAAGUAUGUCUUCAGGAUGACAUUUGGUUAGUAUACCCCGUAUCUGUGUGAAUGAGUGUAGUAAUACAUGAUAAAAACAAUGUAUCUCUUAGGAAUUACCCUAUACAUUGGUUCCCUCAUACUUUGGAGAAUUUUUAAAUCAAGGCGUUUUUUGAGUUAAGACUCACUAAUCUCAGGUGACUGAUAACUUAUAAUGGAUACCCUGUAAGGAGAAUUCAAUACUUUUAAACAUGGCAAAAUCUAACAGGCAGCAGAGAAAAACAAACCAGAAAACUUAGCUGAGAGUUGAAUUAAAAGUUGAAUUAUUCUGUUUUUCAGUGAAAUGCAGUCUUAUAAAUCACUUUUUGCAAUCAGGAAAAACUGCGCUUGUUUCUGGAACAACUGAAUCCCUGUUAUGUUUCUUAUUUUAUUGCAGAGGUUCAGUAUUGGCGGGCUUCUCUUGUGGCUCAGCUUGUAAAGAAUCUGCCUGCAAUGUGGGAGACCUAGGUUCGAUCCCUGGGUUGGGAAGAGCCCCUGGAGAAGGGAAAGGCUACCCCCACUCCAGUAUUCUGGCCUGGAGAAUUCCAUGGACUGUAUAGUCCAUGGGGUUGAAAAGAGUUGGACAGAACUAAGUGACUUUCACUUUCACUUCAGUGUUCCCUGGGGCGAGGAAGGCAGUAACUGACUUUGUUACUCUUCUUUUUCUUCAGAGGAACCUUCUAGCAGAGGAACUAGUCUACUGUUAACUCAAAUUUGUUAUUUGGGUGUCUUCUAAAGGCUCAGGAUGAUUUCCCUGUGUGGUGAAUUUUAGGUAUGAUCUAAAAGGGCAUCCAAAAGAUGCUUCCUUUUACUCUGAGCAGACGUUGCUCAUGUUUCUUUACACUGAAUUAAACUGGCCCCCCAAAUGAGUAGAGUGUCCAGACAGGUUCAUGCUCAAAGUUUUAGAAUACCCUGAAAGUGAAGUGGCUCAGUCGUGUCCGACUUUUUGCUACUCCAUGGACUGUAGCCUACCAGGCUCCUCCGUUGGUCCAUGGGAUUUUCUAGGCAAGAGUACUGGAGUGGAUUGCCAUUUCCUUCUCCAGGGGGAUGUUCCCAACCCAGGGAUCGAACCCAGGUCUCCCGCAUUGUAGGCAGACGCUUUUACCGUCUGAGCCCCCAGGGAAGUUCAUAGAACACUUUGGAGGGUGUUUAAAAGUGGGUCCUACCUGACACAGAGCUCCAUGACAAAACCGGAGCUUCCAAAAGACUCAGCACUGUUUGGUCUUUAAAGUGGGGUUUUGUUUAUGAAGUUUGUCUGUAGGCCAGGAGCAAAUUCUGCUUUAACUUUACCAGUCAGGUUUGCUAAUAAAGCAAAAUUAACAUGUACUGGAAGUAAAACAAAAUCAUCCUUGUCUCUUCUGACCUGUCCCUCUAAUGCCUGUAUCUGCAGAAAGUUCACAUUCUAAGAACAGUUUUCAUAGGGACGAAGUUAAGAGUCUUCAGUUUUCCUACAUGAUUUGCCAACCCUCUGCUUACUAUAUAACCAUUACUUAUCGCUCAAAUACCUUUAGAUUUUACAAUUAUUAAUCUAUUUGAUGCGGAACAACAUUUGUAUUUUUCUGGCUAAUGUAUUUUAUAAGCUAGGAAACACUUGUCAGAAGUUAAUUGUCUGAAACAUGCAGAUAGGAGGAAAUGCUUUUUAAAAAAGACUUUUGUUUUUGUAUUCAUUUGAGAUAGAAUAAGUUGAAGAAAUUAUUGGUUGAAGUCAAAUGAUUUAAAUCAGAUCCUGUGUGUGAAUACUUGCGUAUAUGUGUAUUGACAAAAAUGUGUUUCAAUUUGAGAAAUGGAAAACUGGAUAUUUAAUUUUAAUUAUAUUUUUAUUUAUUUAAAAAGUAGAAGUGGUCUUUCAUUAUUGAUUUGAUUCUUUUGUCCCACAAAAUGAUUUGAUCAAAUUUGUCCUGUCUGGUUAAGAACAGAGGAACAUCUAAAAUCUGUGAUAGUUUCCAAGUUACAUAAUUUGAAGAGGCUUUUCUCUUAUAUAAAAUACAAGGAGAAGGGAAAUACAGCUAGAAAUCAUUUCACCAUUUUUGCUGUAAAUUUUUACUGGGUGAUAUGAUGGUAUUAAUUUCCUUGCUAGAUGUGGAUAAAUUUCCUUGUCUGUGUUAGGAAUUAAACAUUAACUGGAAAGGGUUAAUGAGUUGAUGUGCUCAUGCUUAUAUCUGAAAUCUUGUAUACGAUUCUUUUUUGAAUUAUAUAGUGCAUCUCUCCAUUUUUGUGCAGUACUUACACUCCUAACCCUUAUUUUGAAGGUUUUAUAUUGUAAAUAUUUGACUUAAUAUAAAAUUAUUUUAAUGCAAUAUAAAAGAUGUAGAGUCUUACUUUAGUUGAUAUUAGGAUGCAAAAAAGAAUAACUGGGCAAGGGAUGUGGAUAAAGCUUUUCUUCCCCUUUUUUCCUUUUAAAUCUAUACUACUAAAUAUAACAUCAACAUCAAAAUCAAACUGAAAGACUUUCAUAGACAUGGUUCAGUUUUAGUUACAAAAGCAAAGAGGUCUUUAAAAAAUUCUUAUACAGUGCAUUUUUAUUUUCUUGAUGAAAUGGUAACUACAUAACCUGGUUAUUCAGAGUUUAGUUUUACUCCAGAGUUUGUUUUUAUGUUGGGAGAAAUUGGAACUUUGAUCCUCGUCACUUGUUAGUCUCCAUAGGGAAACUGAACUUCUUUCAUUUAACAGUUAGUAUGUCUAUAUAUUCAGAAUACUUCUUAUUGGAGGAAAAUUAUGUUUAUAUGCAGAUGUAAAAUGUCUAAACUCAUCUGUCAUGAACAAAAGUGAAUGAGGGAGAAUUUCUGCACCCAUGUAGAAAUUUAAAAAAAAAAACCAGACCCUGACAAAGAAGGACUGGACUGAGAAACAAUAUCCUCAGUACUACAGAUACCAGGAAAAGAGGCAGUGGGCAACAAAGAACAUCGUCCUGCUCUGGGAUCCCCAAAGAAUCCCCCUCCCCUCCCCCCUGACCUCCUGCCAGAAUGUUGGGUUUCAAAGAAUGAGCAGAUUAACGGAUAUCAGGAGUAGUGUGGACUGGGCUGAGGACAAGGAUAAUUUGACUGAGUAAAAGUACUGACUUGAAAUCAUUAGAGGCUGUCUACUUGGGUAGAGGAAACAGCCACGGAGCAUUAAAACUGUUGCUGUUGGAAGGAGGUCAUAUAGUAAGGAAACCACUGAAGACCAAGAGAGAAAAACAACAGAAACACAGCCCCAAGGUCUGUAUGACUCUAGAGUCGGGCAGCACCCACCCAUAAGGGAGCCAGCAUAGAUCUGGGGCUAAUAGCUGAAUUGCCCAGGCUCAGCAUGCCAGGGAAAGCAGCUGCUGCCGCUGGACACAAGCCCUGCAUCAUCAACGGACUCACCAGGGCCACGCCAGCGGCAGCAUCUGGGAGAGACUCUGCCUCUAUACCGCCUUCUCUACCGAAAAGGCAAGUGGCUAUGUCUGAGGCUAUCCGAGUGCUUCAAACUUGGGCUCCUCAGAUGAAGGGCUUGAGGCUGGCCCUGGUGCCAGGACUUUCAUGUGCCAGGUUGGGGAUCCUGUUGUUCUUGGUACUGAUUUCUCUGCCAAGCCUGUACUGUGACCUGGGCUCACUAUAUCACUCUUCCUAUGAAAUAGUCAUUCCCAAGAGUCUGACAGUGGAAGGAAGGGAAGACCAAGUGGAAAAGCUCUCCUAUAUGCUAUUUAUGCAGGGCCAGAGGCAGCUGAUUCACCUGACGGUGAAGAGAGACUAUUUUGUGGAUAACUUCCCGGUCUUCAGCUAUCACAAUGGCAUCCUGGGGCAAGAAAUGCCUCUCAUCUCGCAGGACUGUCACUAUGAAGGCUACAUAGAAGGAGUCCCAGGUUCUUUUGUUUCUGUCAACACCUGUUCAGGCCUCAGGGGCCUCCUGAUUAAGGAGGAAAAGUCCUAUGGCGUUGAGCCCGUGCACUCUUCCAAACGGUUUGAGCACGUGUUGUACGCCAUGGGCCACGAAGCUCAAGUCUCCUGCAGCGUCACGUCCAAGGACAGCCAAGUGGCGUCCACCAGCCGGCAACCACAGAGCGCCAAGCCUCACAGCUGGCACGUGACAUCCGACCUGUGGUCACGUACCAAGUACGUGGAGAUGUUUGUCGUGGUCAACAACCAGCGGUUCCAAAUGUGGGGCGGUGACGUCAAUCAGACAGUCCAGAGAGUGAUGGACAUCAUAGCUCUGGCCAACAGCUUCACAAGGGGAAUAAACACAGAGGUGGUGCUGGCUGGAGUGGAGAUUUGGACUGAGGGGGACCUCACAGAGGUCCCCGUGGACCUGCAAGUUGCACUCAGGAAUUUCAACAGCUGGAGACAAGAGAAGCUCUUCCACCGUGUGAAGCAUGAUGUUGCCCACAUGAUCGUGGGACAGCAUCCUAAAGAGGAUAUGGGGCAGGCAUUUCUCAGUGGUGCCUGCUCAAGUGAUUUUGCAGCAGCCGUGGAAUCCUUCCACCACGAGGAUGUCCUCCUGUUUGCAGCACUCAUGGUCCACGAGCUUGGACACAACUUGGGUAUUCGGCACGACCAUUUGGCCUGCAUUUGUAAAGAUAGGCCCUUCUGCCUCAUGCGUGAAAACAUCACUAAAGAAAGUGGCUUCAGCAACUGCAGCUCUGACUUCUUCCACCAGUUCCUCUGGGAACACAAGGGGGCCUGCCUGUUUAACAGGCCUGGGCACAAAGGCCGCUUACGGAGGGCUUCCCGCUGUGGCGAUGGCAUUGUAGAAGGAGAUGAGCAGUGUGACUGUGGUUCUAAGUGUGAAACGCACCCAUGCUGUGACACCAGAUGUAGGCUGAGAGAGCAGGCAGAGUGUAGUGAUGGGCUCUGCUGUGAUAAAUGUCGCCUGAGACACAAGGGAUUCAUGUGCCGUGCUGCUUUGGGAGAGUGUGACCUCCCAGAGUAUUGUAAUGGUUCCUCGGGAGAAUGUCCCAGAGACAGCUAUAAGCUCGAUGGUACAAUGUGUGAUAGAAUUCACUACUGUGCUGGCGGUCGGUGUAAGAACCCUGACAAUCAAUGCAUGGAUAUAUAUGGGUCCCCUGCAAGGUCUGCCCCAGAAAACUGUUACGUUUCAAUGAACACAAGAGGGGACCGGUUUGGAAACUGUGGUACCACCAGCUCACCGAGGUUAACAUAUCUGAAGUGUGCAGAUGAUAACAUAUUUUGUGGGAAACUCAUAUGUACAAAUGUUAGACAGAUACCACAACUCAAACCCAAUCAUACACUGAUCCAGGUCGCUCACAGAGAUGACUGGUGCUGGAGCAUGGAUGCCUAUGACACUGCUGAUAUCCCUGAUGAUGGAGAUGCGCAUACUGGCACUCUCUGUGCCCCACACAAAGUCUGCGUGAAUCACUCCUGUAGUCAUUAUGCUGUGCUCCAGUAUGACUGCCCAUCAGCAGAGACAUGUAACGGGAGAGGAGUUUGCAACAAUUUGAGGCAUUGCCACUGUGAGGAUGGCUAUGCGCCCCCUGACUGCAAAGCUCCUGGUAAUGGGGGUAGUAUAGACAGUGGCUCCCCUGGUAAACCAAGGGACAGUAUCAACAAUAAUCCAAGUGAAGAGGAAAGCAAAAGUCAUGCUGCAGAGGUUGGUAAUUUUGGCAGAAACAGUGAAAAUAAAGAUGAAAGCCAGAGCCUUGAGAAGAUACUGUACAUAGUCCCCCUUUUUCUCUUAGCAAUGUUUUUAGCUCUAGUUAUUGCUGUCAGUUUUGGGGCUAGAAACGAUAUGUCACAGUGCUCACAAGAGGACCUAGAAGAACCCAAAGAAGAAGUUGUUCAAAUAGAGGAGGCAGCCAGAAAAGUGGAAGAACCAGGAGCAGAAAAUGAGUAGUGCUAGGAAGAAGUCCUAACAUAGCAAACUCCGGACACACUGGGUAGGAAGGAGGUCAGCUGAGCAACGUGCUGUGGGCACUGACAGCUCCACAGGCUCUGACUGGGACUCUGAGGUCUACACAAAUGUCCAACGUGGCAGGAGGGAUUUUCUUGUUUAGAAAGAAAUUAUUUCAGUAAUUGAUUAUAUGUACAUGUGUAAAGUUAUUGAAAAAGUUUUACUACUUUUUCCCAUUUUCACAUUUCAUGAAACUCAUUUAAAUUACACUUUUUUCAUAGAUUAUUCUUAUCAAUGUCUCUUCUUAGUACGGCAAAUUUGACUUCCUCUGUUCUCCAGGGAAUGUCAUAUUCUGUCUACUCUGCUUGACCUAAGAUCUUAUCUCUGUGUGUGUGCACACGUGUGUGUGUGUGUGUGUAUACACACACUGCUAUCUUUGUUUUUUCACCUCAUUCACAAUUACAUAUUAUGUUAAGAAAAUUAUAUGAUUUGUUCCUCUAAUUUGCUUUUAGAAGUAUAUUCAUUAAUAU